CCACACACUUCAUUUCCUGCACGAGGUGACGAUCCUCCCCCUUCCCACAGUAAACACACCCAUUGAUUUCAGUGAGAGAGGACUGGGAGCGCAGGAGGAGGAUCGCCACACAGGAGCGGAGCCGCGGCGCUGGAGGAAAGCCUCCGAACAUCUCAGCUCAUCCCCGAUAUCAAAAAGCCCGUCCAUUUUGUGCGAAGCCUUAACAUAUUUAUGUGAAAUUAUAUUAUAACAACUUCCGGAAUUUGCAGCAAAAGCCAGUGUAGUGGAGACAAAAAAAAAAAUCGGCCUCAUCCUGACGCGAGUACACCCGCCAGCGUUUCGGAAAUAACCACGGAGUUACCACACUCCCCGCGCGCAGGGCUUGCAUCGUGGCUCUCUCAGAAGUGGCAUGUUCCAGGGAUACUGCGGGCACAGUUGAACUCCUGCUUUCACCCAAAGAGGAUUCAAUGAAAAUGUCCGUGUGCGUCCAUGAGAACCGAAAAUCUAGAGCCAGCACUGGCUCUAUGAACAUCUACCUGUUCCACAAGUCCUCCUAUGCCGACAGCGUCCUCAUGCACCUCAACUCACUGCGGCAGCAAAGGCUUUUCACAGACGUCCUGCUUCAUGCCGGCAGCCGCUCCUUCCCCUGCCACCGCGCAGUGCUGGCUGCCUGCAGCCGCUACUUCGAGGCCAUGUUCAGCGGUGGGCUGAGGGAGAGCCAGGCCAGCGAGGUCGACUUCCACGACUCCAUCCACCCGGAGGUUUUAGAGCUGCUGCUGGAUUACGCAUACUCGUCACGCGUGGUGAUCAACGAGGAGAACGCAGAGUCUCUGCUGGAAGCGGGGGACAUGUUGGAGUUUCAGGACAUCCGUGACGCCUGUGCCGAAUUCCUAGAGAGAAACCUUCACCCUUCUAACUGUCUUGGCAUGUUGUUGCUGUCUGACGCCCACCAGUGUACCAAGCUGUCAGAGCUCUCCUGGGGCAUGUGCCUCAGCAACUUCCCUGCUAUCUGCAAGACAGAGGACUUCCUCCAACUGCCCAAAGAUAUGGUGGUCCAGCUUUUAUCGCACGAGGAGCUAGAGACAGAAGAUGAGAGACUGGUUUACGAAGCUGCCCUUAACUGGAUCAACUAUGACCUGGAGAGGAGGCACUGCCACCUUCCAGAGCUUCUGAGAACGGUCCGCCUCGCCCUGCUGCCUGCCAUCUUUCUGAUGGAGAAUGUCUCGACAGAGGAGCUGAUCAACGCCCAGGCCAAGAGCAAGGAGCUGGUGGAUGAAGCUAUCCGCUGUAAGCUGAAAAUCCUGCAGAAUGACGGCGUCGUCAACAGCCCCUGUGCCCGACCAAGAAAAACCAGCCAUGCCCUGUUUCUUCUGGGAGGGCAGACUUUCAUGUGUGACAAGUUGUACCUGGUGGACCAGAAGGCCAAAGAGAUCAUCCCCAAGGCGGAUAUCCCCAGCCCCAGGAAGGAGUUCAGCGCCUGCGCCAUCGGCUGUAAGGUGUACAUCACUGGAGGGAGAGGCUCAGAGAACGGUGUGUCUAAAGAUGUAUGGGUGUACGACACCGUCCACGAGGAAUGGUCCAAAGCUGCUCCCAUGCUCAUCGCCAGGUUCGGCCAUGGCUCUGCGGAGCUGAAACACUGCCUCUACGUGGUCGGAGGUCAUACUGCAGCAACUGGCUGCCUCCCGGCUUCUCCGUCAGUGUCACUCAAACAGGUGGAGCAGUUCGACCCAGUGGCGAACAAGUGGACCAUGGUGGCUCCUUUGAGAGAAGGUGUGAGCAAUGCAGCGGUGGUCAGCGUCAAGCUCAAGCUGUUUGCCUUCGGAGGAACCAGCGUCACCCACGACAAGCUUCCCAAGGUGCAGUGCUACGAUCCGCAGGAGAAUCGAUGGACUGUUCCCGCGUCCUGCCCGCAACCAUGGCGCUACACCGCCGCCGCCGUGCUGGGAAACCAGAUCUUUGUCAUGGGCGGGGAUACAGAGUUCUCAGCAUGCUCGGCUUAUAAGUUCAGCAGCGAGAGCUACCAGUGGACUAAAGUGGGCGAUGUGACAGCCAAGCGGAUGAGCUGCCAGGCUGUAGCAUCGGGGAACAAACUGUAUGUGGUGGGUGGGUACUUUGGCACACAGAGAUGUAAAACUCUGGACUGCUAUGAUCCCACGUUGGAUUCCUGGAACAGCAUCACUACUGUGCCAUACUCGCUGAUUCCCACUGCUUUCGUCAGCACCUGGAAACAUCUGCCUGCUUGAGCCCCCGACCCUCUACCCACACCGUUUUCAUCAGAUUUCCCCGUUUUGCAUCAUCCACUGGACUCCAACUGUGAAGAGGCACACAUUCUCCUCCUCGAAAAGAGACAUUGAGCAGUGAUGUACAGACACCCACAUUCAUCUUGAUGUUGCGAGGAUGCAGAACCCAGACACACAAUCGAGCAGCUGGACACUUUAACCGGAAUGAUGUCAUCUCUCGUUUCUGAGAAGGAAGCUGAGACAUACAGUGCAGUAACUCACGCAAAACAAACCAAACAAAACUGCUGCUGCUUGUUCGACAUCUAGCAUAUCAGGCUUUCAUGCUGCCAUACGAGGAGUGCAGAAAUAUUACACAACCUGCAUUUUCCCCAUUUAGUCAUGGCAGGCUUGUGAGGAUCUGUAUUGAUGUUUUUCUCUAUGAUUAAAAAUAAAAUAAAAAAAAAAAGAAGAAGAAAAAAAAUUACUCUUUUCACAGAGACUGCAAUGUACAGUAUAGCAUGAUGAAUGUUCUAUUGAGAUGGAGGGAGGGAGAAUGCAGUGAUUGGUGUGCUAAAGAAGAGGAAGCAACUCAGUUUGACUGAAUACAGCUGAUUUAUAAAAGGCACAAUGAAGGAGCAAAUCUCCCCCUCUUCUCCUCUAAUAAGCUCUUUUGUUUGACCCCUCGUAUCUUUCUUUUUUCUUUCUUUCUUUCUUCUUUCAAAGACGUGCUUCUAACAGCUCAGACACAGAGACAAACCUUUGAGUGUUCCUCUUAUGACGGCUUUGGCAGUUUGCUGUCAGUUGCAAGCCACGAGGUGUUGAUGACCAACGCCAGCUGAGGUUGAGGAGGAUGGAGGGGAUCUGUGCGUGGCCCGGUGGAGGGUGGUGGUGGGGGAUGUCGAGGUGCCUCGGGGGGGGGGGGGGGUCACGACCUUACAUGUUUGCUGUUUUGCAGCUACGCAUUAACGCCCCACUGAGUGUCGGUUAACGAACCCACUGUACACAGGGGCGGCAUUCAGUGUUUGGAUUCAGCGCUUCAGAAAAGACACUGUCAUAUUCAGCUGUUCACUUAAUGCUGUAAAAGACCGGCUGUGCUUCUGUUAUUCUGAUAAAAGCGGCGGCUUGCUUGCUGAGUCAUAGAUAAAGCCUUUUUAGAGCAUGUCCACUCAUAGUGAUUCAGUAAAACUGGCAUGAACUCUUCUCCGUGGUCACAGAAAUCUUGUCACCUUAACCUAAACUGAGAAUGAAUCAGUUUCUUUUUAAACUUGCUGCAAUGUAGUCUUAAUUUAUAUGACAAUGAUUACUCUGUUAUGUUUAAUAUGUUUAAUCCUAUUUAUUUCUUCUCUGCCUGCAUUCAUAUGUGAAUGUAUGUUUGGGUUAUGUCAUGCAUGGCCAGGUGUUGUGUUUUAUUUGAUCUCAGUUCGGCUGCAUUUUGCACAGUUCAGUCUUUCCCAGGAGGAACUUGUUCUUUUCAAAGAGACAGAGGUGCAACUCUCCCAGGGUUUUCAGUUAUGUCAGUGUGGAUGGAAGAGGAAGAAUGGCUCCGAUUACUGAUGACGUAAAGCAGUUUAGGCCACAAGGUCACUGCCCAAAUAAGAAGUCUGAAUGGGGUUGAAAGAAAGAAAUAAUCAUUUUACUUCUGAUAGAUUCUCUUUAAGCUCUAACCUGGGUCCAAACCUGCCUUAAAUUGGCCCGCUGGGGCUCAAACUAUAACAACAAAACAUAAAGAUAUGAACCAUAAAACUGAUAAGGCUGCUGGAACAGUGCAGUAGCGACCCAGUAAUUACCAGGGACGUCACAGAGUAACCCUGACAUGGUUAAGAAUGCGAUGGUCAGUGCAGCUGUCCUUGGGACAGCUGGAGGACUGUCACAUGUGCUAACUUUUCUUCUCAUUUGGGGGGUGUUAAUUCACAGUCUUCUUCACCAUUAGGGUUGAGAAAGAGUUGAAUCCAGCGAGCUGUGCAUUGAUAAGGGCAGACACCGCAGUGCUUUUCAUCAUAGUGUUAAUGAUGCACAUAAAAAAAAAAAAUGAAAAAAAAAACACUGCAAGUUCUGAAAGAACAAAAAAUGAGAAUGUCCUAAACACCUGCGUAUGAAAUUCUUGGUAACUCUAAUCAGUGUUUUUGUCUGUGUGUCUGUCUACGUGACCUGAACAUUGACGUUUUACAGUUGAAUAUUAAUGGACUCAUUGAAUUUCAAUGUAAGAGCUAAUGUUUUGGUGCAAUGUGUGUAUAUAUAUAUUUUUUUCAAAUGUCCGUCCUUGUGGAUUCAUGAAUCAAAUCUGUUGGGUUCGAUUGGUAAACAGCCCUUUAAAUUCCUGCUCAGCUCCUUAAGCCACCCAAAACUUCAUCCUCUUAUUGGCAAUCUCAGGCCUUCUGUGGAGACCCUCGUGGCUCCAUAAGGUCGACCUCCUCCAGCCAUUGAACACAGACCCACUGGCCCCACCAAUCAGAUAAGAGCAUUUCUUCCCCCAUUGAAAACAAGUUUCCCUGACAACAGCAAGCAAUGAAUGCCCCUUCAAUUUGCUCCUAAUUGCUGAGUGGCAUUUCCCAUUUCUUCUGUUGCACUCCUCUUCUUCUCUGUUUUAUCUGGAAAUCCAGCUGGCUCAGAUUGGAGCACAGUAUCCCACUUCACAUAAUGAUGUAAAUUAGACAGAAAACACUGUCAGUGUGCAUCAGUUUCUUUACUUUAUUUUAUUAUUAUUUUUUGUCAUGUAAGAGUUUGAUUUCUAUUUUUAUGGCAUUAUUUUGUACAUGUGAUUUUUUUCACAAUGUGAAAUUCAUGGCUAAUAAACAUAAGAGUUUUUUCCUCUUGACUGUA